UUAUAUUUUCAGUCAGGCGCCACACGGUCAGCUCCACCAAACAGAAACAUUUGGGGUCCUUUUACUUCACGUGUGCGCCCGCUGCUCUGCCAUCGUGAGACGGAACCAUGCCUAAGUCAAGGAGGGACAAGAAAAUUUCGUUAACAAAAACCGCCAAGAAGGGACUGGAGUCAAAACAGAAGUUAAUCGAGGAGUUACGGAAAUGUGUGGACAUCUACAGAAACCUCUUCAUAUUCUCUGUGGCCAACAUGAGGAAUAACAAGCUGAAAGACAUCAGGACAGCGUGGAAACACAGCAGAUUCUUCUUUGGCAAAAACAAAGUCAUGGUUGUUGCUUUGGGGAGACGAGAUACAGACGAAUACAAAGAUAAUUUGCACAAGGUCAGCAAGUAUCUGCGUGGAGAAGUGGGUGUACUAUUCACAAACAAAACCAAGGAUGAAGUACAAGAGUAUUUCAGUCAUUUCAAAGAGAUGGACUUUGCUCGAGCCGGCAACCAGGCACAAAUGGACAUAACUCUGGAUGAGGGACCUCUUGAACAGUUUCCUCACUCAAUGGAACCCCAGUUGAGACAAUUAGGACUUCCCACUGCUCUCAAGAAAGGAGUGGUAACGCUGCUGAAAGACCAUGAAGUCUGUAAAGAGGGAGAUGUGUUAACUCCUGAGCAGGCUCGUAUUCUGAAACUCUUUGCUAUUGAAAUGGCAGAAUUCAAGGUGCAGAUCAAAUGUAUGUGGAACUCAGAAACAGGAGAGUUUGAGAACUUUGCUGGAGAGGAAGAGCCUAUGCAGGAUAAUGAAGACGAAGAUGAUGAUGACGAUGGUGCAGAAUGAAACUGCAGGAGUGUGUACACAUUACUUUUUAAGUCAUUUUUGCCAGCCUUCAGCAGUGGAGGGACAUUUGUUUGGAAGUCUUUCCUUCUGACUGCCUGUGGAGUCCAUAAUCUCAGCUUUUUUUUUUAAUACACAAACAACUGCCCUUUACCUUGAAUUUUGCCUUUGGACUAAGUUGCUGUUCAGCAGACGCUGGGAAGUGGUGACAAAGUACAUGUAGUCUUGUUGAUGCCACAGAUUUCAGUGUAAUGUAAGAAUGCAUUGCCUGUAAAUACUUUUCCAUUUAAACAAUGAGGCACGUCAUUCAUCUGUUAAAACCCAUCUCAUGGAUAUUAGUCGUAUGAAGAGGAAAACCUUUUGUUCAAGUGAGAAAAUUUAAGGCAGACUUCUGAAAAGUUUAUCCCCAGAAAAUAUAUGAAAUUGUCAUUUUUACAUUUGUACAUGAACAAUGAAGUGCUCUUACAUGUCAA